AUACUCUGGAAAUCUGGACACAAUUUAUUUGUACAGUAAAAAAUUGUUAACAUUAGUCUCAUACAUCUCAUCACAUAAUUGGGAACUCGAUGAUGGAUAUUUGUUUCAUAGACAUAACAGUAGAAUUCCUGUCUGUGGCUUUCCAUUCUAUUUUAUAUUACGCCAAUGUAUAUCCGAAGAGUAUAUUUGAAACAAGAAAGAAAUACAGUAUCAUAGUAUACCAUUCUAUUCAUCCUGAAAUUAAUAAUUACAUAGAUAUGUGCUUGCGAAGUGUCUCCGAGUGUUUCAAGAGCGGGAACCUAACCCGUGUGGUAUUUGCUAUUACCGACAGUGGUUAUCGCCCAAUACUAAAAUUCGUGUUCGAUUUUCAAAAAAAUAUGUCGUUUGAUGAUACAACGGACGCAUACUUGGUACAAGCCGAGCAGAAUCUACGCGCCUUUUUACUGAAACUGUCUUCAAUAAGUGAUAAGUUUACUAAUUUGCCCGAAGAAACUAGUUUCACUGUACAUCUACACACAAAUGAAUCUACAGCAAUUGCAAUCACAACAAAUCCUAGUUUCGAUGAUUUUCCUCUAGUUGAGAUUGAACAGAAACCUAUAGAGUCAACUGAGAUUCUGCCACUUAGAAGUUUUUCUGCAAGGAGUUGUAACAUGGAUGUUUAUAUGGAAAUAAUAAAUUUAUAGCAAAUAUAUUUUAUUGUAUUGAGGGAUUUAUGUACAAUGUAAUUAUUAGAUAAAACCUGGUAGCACUAAAAGAAUUUCUCCCAUACUAUAUUAAAAAAAAAUAUAUAACUUUAUGUAACUUAUUUUAAGAUUUAU